AAAUGCGUUUAUAUGUUCGGACAGCGGGACGUGUGCCAGCGGCAUGCGGACUGCCCACCGGGCAGCGCCUGCAUGCUGGUCGCCCAGGAGGGCGUCUGGCGGUGCGAGUCUGAUCCGGAGUCGGGAGGUUCCACCUCGCUCCUGAGGGACAUAUUCGGACUGAGGCAGAGGCAGCCACUAGGCAGCGAGUGCAGCAGCAGCAGCGACUGCCAGGUGAUCAAUGGCAUGUGCUGCCAGCACCAGCGGUUGCACCACCGUGCAGCCAUUAAGCUGAGCUGUGGCUACUUCCGUGAUGCCUUUGACUGCGUGGACAUGGUCGGAUCGGAAAACCACCGCAAUUGA